GCUCCAUUCACAGAUUUAUUGAGCUUGCACACAGCGAAAUUCAUUCAGAAAACUUCAUUCAUAAAAUCGGCAACAUUCUCUUCUCUCAUCCUCCCUAGAAAAGAGCCUGCCAUGACCUGGAGACAGAGGAAAACCGACAGAUGACUCAAAAAAGACGUUUCCCGAGAACCUUUCCAUUCAUAAGAUCAUGCUUCGGAAGACCUGAAGCCCAGAUCUGCUGGAUCAUUAAUCUACGAGGACUAAUUUGGGGCGAUACUUCAGUGCUAAGGCAUCUAGGUUUUUACUAACUCAGCUAGAGAAGGAUUUCGUAUGGGAUUUCCCCAUCUAUGAUUGAAAUUGCAAAUUAACAAUAUUUUCCUGCAGCAGAGCAGUUCAAGAUUGAAAGAAAAAGGGUCUUUUUUUUUGUAAGGGGAACAAAUCUUUUUUCAUUGUUGUGGAGAUGCUUCUGCUGUCUCUUUCAGGGCACAAAGUACAGUUUCUCUAUUUUUAUUUCAUUUUUUAACGGCCGACGGAGCUGUGCUCUUUCACGAUACAGGGAUAUGGCAGUGAGUGUUCAUAGCCGAGGGCAAUGUAGAGCCGGCUUGCCAAUCUUACGACCGACCGAGAACAGCUUUGCAGAUUAAACAGCUGCAGCUUUCUUUAGUUUUACCUGCAUCUGUGUUUCGUUUAGAUUUAAUUCCAAAGAGCCAGAUGUCAGGACAUAACGGAACCGGGUUUAUCGCAAGCAGGAAGCCGCUCGAGAAACCGUCGAGGACACCGCCGGUGAACCGACCGGCUCUCUUCUUCUUCCUUUUCAAAAUUGUUCUGCUUUGCUUAAUUCCCUAUUUCUUUCUCUCAUUCCUAAGAAGGAAGCUGACUUAGGAAGGGAAGGGCACCCGGAGACAGAACUUGGAAGGCUAUGAGAGAACGCGUUCCACAAAGCCUGAGUGGACACAUACUGUAUGUAGGACUGGCAAGAGACCCAGGGAUGCUGCACAGGGCAAAGUACAGCCGCUUCAGGAAUGAGUCUGUCACACCGUUGGAAGAAGAUGCGCACGGUGGUCCUCUGCACCUCAAAGCCUCGGCAUCAUCUCCAGCUUCGGCACCGAAUGUCCCCAUCGAAGAGGUUGCCGUCGGCACCCCGAACAGCUCCCUGGCUUUGGGGACUCUGAUACCUCGCAUGGCUAACAUUAAGCUGGCCAACCCUUCUGCCCUCCCGAGCUUCAAGAACUUUUGCCUACGGACUAAAGAGGUGCCCAAGAUCAAGCUCACAGAAUGCACAACCGUCCCAGCCAGCUCAGCCUUGCCGGACAUCAGUUUGUCCACCUGCCUCUCCACUUCGUAUUCGCGGGGUGACGAGAAGCCCCCCAAGGCGAACCCAGACCUCCAAGGGGACAGUUUCUUGCUGAGCUGUGAAGACUCUGCCACCCUAUCAAAACUGGACAAAGAUCUCGGACACAAGGGUGAAUCGCGUUUGGAAGCCGGGGUAUCGUACACCGUCCGGUAUAUGGGCUGCAUUGAAGUUCUGCAGUCAAUGAGGUCUCUGGAUUUUGGCACGCGGACACAUGUUACCAGGGAAGCAAUAAGCCGGUUGUGUGAAGCUGUUCCCGGCGCACACGGGGCCACAAAAAAGAGAAAGCCUCCAGCUAAAUUCCUGUCUCCUGUGCUUGGGAAAAGCAACCUGCAGUUUUCUGGCAUGAAUAUAAAACUCACCGUCUCAACAACGAGUCUUACUCUGCUGAAUGUUGAGACACAACAGAUUAUUGCAAAUCACCACAUGCAGUCCAUUUCAUUUGCCUCUGGAGGUGAUCCUGACACGACGGACUACGUCGCCUAUGUUGCGAAAGAUCCUGUGAAUCAAAGAGCCUGCCAUAUACUGGAAUGUCCCACUGGAGUGGCUCAGGAAGUGAUAAACACCAUUGGGCAAGCUUUUGAGCUCCGCUUCAAACAAUACUUGAAGAAUCCUUCUGCUGUGAUUACUUCUAAUGAAAGAGAAGUAGUGAACCUUGGCGGAUCCACAUGGAAUAUUCAGGAAAAAGAGGGUCACGAAUACUAUAACGAAAUCCCCGGCAAAGAGCCUCUUGCAGGUGGAUUGUUAGAUGCCAGAAUGAAGAUCCCCGCAGAAGAAAGGAUUCAUUGUCCCUUGCACUAUGAAAAGCAAUACUCUCCAACGGAGAGCCCCAAAUCCAUGAAUAUUUACGAAAACUGUCCAGAAGAUUGCAAGUUAGCAGAUCGUUGCAGAGAAAAAGCACAGGCAGGGAAGAAAGAUGCUCCGUUGCUGACCAACACAAGCAAACUCGAUCUUUUUGAUGAUCCCCAGUAUAUCAAUACUCAGAACGUACAAGCUACUCCUUGUUCUGCCCGAAGCCCCCCACCAUUACGCGCCUGCAGAAGUCCUGUUCAUCGCUCAGAAUCAACAGAAGCCGUUGAGCAGAUCCCUUCCAGCAACGCAUCAGGUCCUGGAGGUGUGACAUCUGUGAAAGAACAGCUACAGGAUGAAGAAUGCUACCACGGAAAGUUAACCAGAAAAGCAGCAGAGAGCCUCUUGGUCUGCGACGGGGAUUUCUUGAUACGGGAAAGUACAAGCUCACCGGGCCAGUAUGUGCUGAGUGGGUUGCAAGGAGGGCAAGCAAAGCAUCUGUUGCUUGUGGAUCCAGAAGGCAAGGUCAGAACCAAAGACCAUGUAUUUGAGAGUGUGAGUCAUCUCAUUCGCUACCAUAUGGAAAAUAAAUUGCCCAUCAUCUCCUCGGGAAGUGAAUUAAAUCUGAGUCAACCAGUGAAAAAAGGAACCGGGCACCCACAAUAUAAGAAAUAAUUCUCUUGGCUCGCAACAUCUCCAAGACAGUUCCUCCUCCCUUUUGGUGUUUCUUUUCCUUUCUCUUCAUCAAAACUCCAGCGAUUAUUCCGAACCUUGGUUCUGGCAAAAGGAGAGAGAUUUCUUUUUAUGUUUGCGUACGAAGGUUGAAUGAAAAGUAAUGCCUCGACCUUUGUAACUCCUCAACAGAUGGCAGUACUGGUAUGCAACAGGUACUGGCUUGUUCAGUAGACUCUCCUCUACAGUUCCAUUUUGGUGGGAAGCCUUAGCAUUGAACAGUUGUGUUGUUAAAGUGAAAAGU